UACCUAUAUUACAUAUCACGCUUUGGUAACAGGUGUGUGCCCGAUGUCGUUUUUGUCCUUCGUACACAUUCUCAUCGUGAUAUCCUUGCACUGCCUCGAUGUGGUACUAUCCAGGGCGCCAGAUGCCGCAAAGCUCGUGGAAUUCGCCCAUUCCCCAAAGGAGGACCUUGUGGGCGUAACCCUUGGUGCCGUAUUCGGCCCUGAGUAUAUCCAAAAGGUCGAGUCUGCAUUGAAAGAAGCAUAUGGAGACCGCGAGGUUACAUUCUUCAGGCAUAUGAUCGCAGAUUUUGAGAAGCGCUAUGUUGAACACGGUGAGACGCAUAUGGAUGACCCCGGGAUACAUGCCCAUAUCACCGACAACCUGGGUGAUGAGUUCGCCAGCCAGUAUAGAACAAGUGCGGAUACCGUGGAUAGGGAACAUCGCAUAUCAAGGGCUCUGGUACAGUUGAUCAAGGAGCAGUUCAACGCGCUCAACGAGGUCCACGACAUUUAUGUGAAGCCUAAUUUAGAUCGUUUCAAUCAAGUGAAGACCUUAUCGCAACAGGUGAACGUCAAAACUGAUACCCCGUGCUCCACGCAGGCCAGCUGCGACGGUUUGGAAAUACUGAUCAACCUGUGCUCCUACAUUCGAAAUGGAUCGCACAUGGCAUACGAGAUUUUCGUCAUCAUGAUACACGUACUGAGUACCAUGAUGGCUGUUUUGUGCGGUUGCCUGUUUGUAGGACCCACGCGCAUCUGCUUCUUGCAGAAUUUUCCAUACACCUGCCGUAUUCCGUACCCGGUUUUCAACGGAGCGUUCCAAUCCACCAUAUCGGUUUGGCAAUUGGUGAAGGUGGUAACCAACGUAUGCAGAAUAUACGGUGACCCCGGGUUUGGGUCAACGUUUGCCUGAUGUUUUGAGAC